UCAUUGGCUCUCGUUAUCCCCUCACGUCCGCGGCGCAUAUAACCUCCCGGCCGACUCCCGCUGGAUAUGUGAAGCCCGCACGCUGACGCUCCGCCGACCAGCAAGCAGGCUUCCCGGACACCCACAACAAGGCGUGAGGAUGCUGACGGCCGUCGUACUCUUGGUGACCCUGAGCCUCGCCGGCGCCUUCCCCUCCCAGCAGGGGCAAGAGCGGGGCAAGAACUGGGUGGUGAUCGUGGCCGGCUCCAACGGCUGGUACAACUACCGGCACCAGGCCGAUGCUUGCCAUGCCUACCAGAUUGUGCGUAGGAACGGUGUUCCUGAUGAGCAGAUUGUGGUGAUGAUGUAUGAUGACCUGGCACACGCGGAACAAAACCCCACCCCUGGAAUUUUGAUCAACAGACCAAACGGCACAGAUGUGUACAAGGGCGUUCCUAAGGACUACACUGGGGAGGCCGUGACUCCUGAUAACUUCCUGGCAGUCCUGAAGGGUGAUGUCUCAAAUGUCAAAGGUGGCUCUGGGAAAGUUCUAAAGAGCGGCCCCAACGAUCACGUGUUCGUUUACUUCACUGAUCACGGGGCACCUGGUAUCCUGGCCUUUCCAGAUGACGAGCUGCAUGUCACAGACUUCCAGAACACGAUCAAAUACAUGCACGAAAACAAGAAAUAUAAAAAGAUGGUGUUUUACAUUGAGGCGUGUGAGUCUGGAUCAAUGAUGGACCACCUGCCCGCUAACAUUGAUGUAUACGCCACCACAGCAGCCAACUCUCAUGAGUCCUCUUAUGCAUGCUACUAUGACGAGGCGAGGGACACCUAUCUGGGGGACUGGUACAGCGUCAACUGGAUGGAAGACUCGGAUAUGGAGGAUUUGACUAAGGAGACUUUGCUGAAGCAGUUUAAGAUCGUGAAGAGCCGCACCAACACGAGCCAUGUCCACCAGUUUGGAAACAAGACUUUGGCCCAUAUGAAAGUGAUGGCAUUCCAGGGUAACUCCAUGGCAGGUGCCAAGCCUGCCACCCCCAUGACCUUGCAGCCGAUCAUGAACCCAGACCUGAUCCCCAGCCCCGACGUGCCCCUGGCCAUCCUCAAGAGGAAGAUGAUGGCUUCUAAUGAUAUCGCUGCUGUUAGGGGACUGCUUAUGGAAAUCAACGCCCACCUCAAGGCGAGGGAGAUGAUGGGUGAGACGAUGCGCAGGGUGGUCAAGGAGGUGACGGGCGACAAGCUCAAGACUCAAAACAUCAUGAACAACCGAAUGGAGCUGUCCCAGUACAGCUGCUACAGGGCGGCGGUCGAGCACUACAAACACAACUGUUUCAACUGGCACAAAACUGAGUUUGAGUAUGCACUGAGGCAUCUCUACACUUUGGUCAACCUGUGUGAGGAAGGAUACCCUGCUGACAGGAUUCAGAAGGCCAUGGACUAUGUGUGCUAUUUCAGAAAGUAAAAGGAUCUGUGGAAAGCCUCACAAAGAAUCGCUCCGUGUCCCUGGAAAGGCCUGAGGAGACGUCACUUCCCUUUGCACUGCUGUGGAAUCCCGAUGACGUGGCGAUCACUUUGUUUUAUCCGCACACGAAAACACUUCUCUUUUUUUUCUUUUUUUUUUUUUUUACCUAAGCGCUUCAUGAUUUUUACUGAGAAAUUUUAAUGAGUUGGUUUUUAAUGAUUUGCUCUGUUUCACUCUGAGAUAGGCAGUUUCUGGAUGAGCGUUACUGCCUCCGGUUUUUACGAUCUCCCGUUUUUGCUCCCGGUUUUAUUUGUGGUUUAGCGUUCAAGCAUCGAUUUUUGACUGACGUGUAAAAGACAAACCACAAAAUAAAUAAAUAAAUAAAUAAAUAAAUAUUAAGAGCUUGUUAAAAGCUGACGACGAUACUUUGGUGUAACGCAAAGAUCUUGAAAUAAAACUCUGGGGGAGGCUCAGAACUACUGAAAA